GACUGUCAGGGGACUGGAGCGUGAUUGUGGAGGACCAGGAGUUUCUAGUAUGGUCCAGCCUCCUGGCCGCCUGGUCCGACACCUUUGCCGCCAUGGCAUCGCAUGAUUGCCUGGAAAGAGCCAGCCAGAGGCUCACGGUGAAGGACUUUUCCGCACCAGCUGUGGAGCGCGCACUCGAGUUCAUGUAUACAGGCGAGUGCGACGCUGAAGAUGAGCUGCUGGUAGAAGUGACAGCUUUUGCGGACAAGUAUG